GGCUCCUCAGCCGUCGCAGGCGCGUCGCUGCCCCCGCGGGACUCCGGGCGAGCCUGGAGGAGACCCCCUCUCCUUUCGGGGGCGACUUUUGUUUGCUUGCCGGCUUCUUUCGGGUGACUUUUGCGGCUUUCCAAGAUCUGUGCCGGCAGCGCACGGAAUCCGCCGAGCCGCUGCGUGCAGGCCCUUUUUUUUUCUUUUGAGGUCCGCUUUCUUUGUAACUUUACGCCGCGGCUGCUCGGGUUACUUUUGUAAUUUCCCGCCCCCGCCCGCUGGCGGUCCUGGAGUCGCUCGGGGCCGUGGCCCGGGGGAUGCAACGUGGACCGCGCGGGGCUGCCGGCCGCACCGCCGCCGCGCUUCGCCGCCCGCUGCGCUAGAGCCCGUGCCCCACCGGCGGCCAGAGGGCUGGCGCUCGGUCCGGGGCUCCCUCUAGAGCAGGGAGCCCGAGCCCAAGGGAGUCUCGGGAGCCGACGAAGAGCUCUUUAGACCCUGACUUUUUCCGGGCCGCGCAGAUUUUGUCUUUGAGCGCUCCCUCUCCGCGGACCACGGUCCGCGCGCUCUUGGCGCCCGCGAUGGGGAGACGGCGGCGGCUGUGUCUCCAGCCGUACUUCGUGUGGCUGGGCUGCGUGGCGCUCUGGGCGCAGGGCACUGCCGGCCAGCCCCAGCCUCCGCCGCCCAAGCUGCCCCGGCCCCAGCUGCCGUCGCAACAGGUCCGGCCGGCGGCGGCAGGCUCUGAAGGCGGGUUCGCGGUGCCCGACUACCGGGAGGAGGGCACCGCGGCGGCCAGCCGCGUCCGCAGGCGAGGACAGCAGGACGUGCUCCGAGGGCCCAACGUGUGCGGAUCGAGGUUCCACUCCUACUGCUGUCCAGGAUGGAAGACGCUCCCUGGAGGAAACCAAUGCAUUGUCCCAAUUUGUAGAAAUAGUUGUGGAGAUGGAUUUUGUUCCCGUCCUAACAUGUGUACUUGUUCCAGUGGCCAAAUAUCACCAACAUGUGGAUCAAAAUCAAUUCAGCAGUGCAGUGUGAGAUGCAUGAAUGGUGGAACCUGUGCAGAUGACCACUGUCAGUGCCAGAAAGGAUAUAUCGGAACUUAUUGUGGACAACCUGUCUGUGAAAAUGGAUGUCAGAAUGGUGGACGUUGUAUUGGACCCAACCGCUGUGCUUGUGUUUAUGGAUUCACUGGUCCGCAGUGUGAAAGAGAUUACAGGACAGGCCCAUGUUUCACUCAGGUCAACAACCAAAUGUGCCAAGGGCAGCUGACAGGCAUUGUCUGCACGAAGACUUUGUGCUGUGCCACCAUCGGGAGGGCCUGGGGCCACCCCUGUGAGAUGUGUCCCGCCCAGCCUCAGCCCUGCCGACGGGGCUUCAUCCCUAAUGUCCGCACUGGAGCUUGCCAAGAUGUUGAUGAAUGCCAGGCUAUUCCUGGGAUAUGUCAGGGAGGAAACUGCAUCAAUACCGUGGGCUCUUUUGAAUGCAAAUGCCCUGCUGGUCACAAGCAGAGUGAAACUACUCAGAAAUGUGAAGACAUCGAUGAGUGCAGCGUCAUUCCUGGGAUAUGUGAAACUGGCGAAUGCUCCAACACCGUGGGAAGCUAUUUUUGCAUUUGUCCACGUGGAUAUGUAACCUCAACAGAUGGCUCUCAGUGCAUCGAUCAAAGAACAGGCACAUGUUUCUCGGGCCUGGUGAAUGGUCGCUGCGCACAAGAGCUCCCAGGCAGAAUGACAAAAAUGCAAUGCUGCUGUGAGCCUGGCCGCUGCUGGGGCCUUGGAACCAUCCCUGAAGCCUGUCCCGUGAGAGGCUCUGAGGAAUACCGCAGGCUUUGCAUGGAUGGACUUCCAAUAGGAGGGAUUCCAGGGAAUGCUGGUUCCAGACCUGGAGGCCCUGGGGGGAAUGGCUUUGCCCCGAGUGGCAAUGGCAAUGGUUAUGGCCCAGGAGGGACCGGCUUCAUCCCCAUCCCCGGAGGCAAUGGCUUUUCUCCUGGCGUCGGGGGAGCGGGCGUAGGGGCCGGGGGACAGGGACCCAUCAUCACUGGGCUAACUAUUCUGAACCAGACAAUAGAUAUCUGUAAGCACCAUGCUAAUCUCUGUUUAAAUGGACGCUGCAUACCUACUGUUUCUAGCUACCGAUGUGAAUGCAACAUGGGCUAUAAGCAGGACGCAAAUGGGGAUUGCAUAGAUGUUGAUGAAUGCACAUCAAAUCCCUGCACUAAUGGAGAUUGUGUUAACACACCUGGAUCCUAUUAUUGUAAAUGUCACGCUGGGUUCCAGAGGACUCCUACCAAGCAGGCAUGCAUUGAUAUCGAUGAGUGCAUCCAGAAUGGGGUUCUUUGUAAAAACGGUCGAUGUGUGAACACAGAUGGAAGUUUCCAGUGCAUUUGCAAUGCCGGUUUUGAAUUAACUACAGAUGGAAAAAACUGUGUUGAUCAUGACGAAUGUACAACUACCAACAUGUGUUUGAAUGGGAUGUGUAUUAACGAAGAUGGCAGCUUCAAGUGCAUCUGCAAACCAGGAUUUGUCUUGGCUCCAAAUGGCCGUUACUGCACUGAUGUUGACGAGUGCCAGACCCCAGGAAUCUGUAUGAAUGGGCAUUGUAUCAACAACGAAGGGUCCUUCCGCUGCGACUGUCCCCCAGGCCUGGCUGUGGGCGUGGAUGGACGUGUGUGUGUCGAUACUCACAUGCGCAGUACAUGCUAUGGUGGAAUCAAGAAAGGAGUGUGUGUCCGUCCCUUCCCGGGUGCAGUGACCAAGUCGGAAUGCUGCUGUGCCAACCCCGACUAUGGUUUUGGAGAGCCCUGCCAGCCGUGCCCUGCCAAAAAUUCAGCUGAAUUCCAUGGUCUGUGUAGUAGUGGAGUGGGAAUCACAGUGGAUGGAAGAGAUAUCAAUGAGUGUGCUUUGGAUCCCGAUAUAUGUGCCAAUGGAAUUUGUGAAAACUUACGUGGUAGUUACCGUUGUAAUUGCAACAGUGGCUAUGAACCAGAUGCCUCUGGAAGAAACUGUAUUGACAUCGAUGAGUGCUUGGUAAACAGACUGCUCUGUGACAAUGGCCUGUGCCGAAACACACCUGGAAGUUACAGUUGCACCUGCCCACCUGGGUAUGUGUUCAGGACAGAAACGGAGACGUGUGAAGAUAUAAAUGAAUGUGAAAGCAACCCCUGUGUCAACGGGGCCUGCAGGAAUAACCUUGGAUCUUUCAAUUGUGAAUGUUCUCCUGGCAGCAAACUCAGCUCCACGGGAUUGAUCUGUAUUGACAGCCUGAAAGGGACAUGUUGGCUCAACAUCCAGGACAACCGCUGUGAGGUGAACAUUAAUGGAGCCACUCUGAAAUCCGAAUGCUGUGCCACGCUCGGAGCUGCCUGGGGGAGCCCCUGUGAGCGGUGCGAGCUAGAUACAGCUUGCCCAAGAGGCUUUGCAAGGAUCAAAGGUGUUACUUGUGAAGAUGUUAAUGAGUGUGAGGUGUUUCCUGGUGUUUGUCCAAAUGGACGCUGUGUCAAUAGCAAAGGAUCUUUUCACUGUGAGUGCCCUGAAGGCCUUACAUUGGAUGGAACUGGCCGUGUGUGCUUAGAUAUCCGCAUGGAGCAGUGUUACUUGAAGUGGGAUGAAGACGAGUGCAUCCACCCUGUUCCUGGGAAGUUCCGCAUGGACGCCUGCUGCUGUGCCGUUGGGGCAGCGUGGGGCACCGAGUGUGAGGAAUGCCCCAAACCUGGCACCAAGGAGUAUGACACCCUGUGCCCCAGGGGGCCUGGCUUUGCUAACAGAGGGGAUGUUCUUACUGGGAGGCCAUUUUACAAAGAUAUCAAUGAAUGCAAAGCUUUUCCUGGGAUGUGCACCUAUGGGAAGUGCAGAAAUACAAUUGGAAGUUUCAAGUGCCGUUGCAAUAGUGGCUUUGCUCUAGACAUGGAAGAAAGAAACUGCACAGACAUCGACGAGUGCAGGAUUUCUCCCGACCUCUGUGGAAGCGGAAUCUGUGUCAACACGCCGGGCAGCUUUGAGUGUGAGUGCUUCGAAGGCUACGAAAGUGGGUUCAUGAUGAUGAAGAACUGCAUGGACAUUGACGAAUGUGAACGUAACCCUCUCCUUUGUAGGGGUGGCACCUGUGUGAACACUGAGGGCAGCUUUCAGUGUGACUGCCCACUGGGACAUGAGCUGUCACCAUCACGUGAGGACUGUGUGGAUAUUAAUGAAUGCUCCCUGAGUGACAAUCUCUGUAGAAAUGGGAAGUGUGUGAACAUGAUUGGCACUUACCAGUGCUCCUGCAACCCUGGAUACCAGGCUACACCAGACCGCCAGGGCUGUACAGAUAUUGACGAGUGUAUGAUAAUGAAUGGAGGCUGUGACACCCAGUGCACCAAUUCAGAAGGGAGCUACGAGUGCAGCUGCAGCGAAGGCUAUGCCCUGAUGCCCGAUGGGAGAUCGUGCGCAGAUAUUGAUGAAUGUGAAAAUAAUCCUGAUAUCUGUGAUGGUGGCCAAUGUACCAACAUUCCUGGAGAAUAUCGCUGUCUGUGUUAUGAUGGCUUCAUGGCUUCAAUGGACAUGAAAACAUGCAUUGAUGUGAAUGAGUGUGACUUAAAUUCAAACAUCUGCAUGUUUGGGGAAUGUGAGAACACCAAGGGCUCCUUCAUUUGCCACUGUCAGCUGGGUUAUUCAGUGAAGAAGGGGACCACAGGAUGUACAGACGUGGAUGAGUGUGAAAUUGGUGCCCACAACUGCGACAUGCAUGCCUCAUGUCUAAAUGUCCCAGGGAGCUUCAAAUGUAGCUGCAGAGAAGGCUGGAUUGGAAAUGGCAUCAAAUGCAUUGAUCUGGACGAAUGUUCUAAUGGAACCCACCAGUGUAGCAUCAAUGCCCAGUGUGUGAACACACCGGGCUCCUACCGAUGUGCCUGCUCAGAAGGGUUCACUGGAGACGGCUUUACCUGCUCAGAUGUUGAUGAGUGUGCAGAAAACAUAAAUCUCUGUGAGAACGGACAGUGCCUCAACGUCCCGGGUGCAUAUCGCUGCGAGUGUGAGAUGGGCUUCACUCCAGCCUCAGACAGCAGAUCCUGCCAAGAAUUGGAGAUUCACAAUUUGAGUGACCUUUCUCUAAAACGGGAUCCUUACUAUGAUGAGGGCAACGUUAAGCGCCUGUGUUGCUCUGCAGACAACCGCGUGGGUAACUGCUACCUGAAGUUCGGUCCUCGGGGAGACGGGAGCCUUUCCUGCAACACGGAGAUCGGAGUGGGCGUCAGUCGCUCCUCCUGCUGCUGCUCUCUUGGGAAGGCCUGGGGGAACCCCUGCGAGACAUGCCCCCCUGUCAACAGCACUGAAUAUUACACCUUGUGUCCUGGAGGUGAGGGCUUCAGACCUAACCCUAUCACAAUCAUCUUAGAAGACAUAGAUGAAUGCCAGGAGUUACCAGGCCUCUGCCAGGGGGGAAACUGCAUCAACACUUUUGGGAGCUUCCAGUGCGAGUGCCCCCAGGGUUACUACCUCAGCGAGGAAACACGGAUCUGCGAAGACAUUGAUGAGUGUUUUUCACAUCCUGGUGUGUGUGGGCCUGGGACCUGCUACAACACCCUAGGAAAUUAUACCUGCAUUUGCCCACCUGAAUACAUGCAGGUCAAUGGAGGCCACAACUGUAUGGACAUGAGAAAAAGCUUUUGUUACCGAAGCUAUAAUGGAACCACUUGUGAGAAUGAAUUGCCUUUUAAUGUGACAAAGAGGAUGUGCUGCUGCACAUACAAUGUGGGCAAAGCUUGGAACAAGCCGUGUGAACCAUGCCCAACGCCAGGAACAGCUGACUUUAAAACCAUAUGUGGAAAUAUUCCCGGAUUCACCUUUGACAUUCACACAGGAAAAGCUGUUGACAUUGAUGAAUGUAAAGAGAUUCCAGGCAUUUGCGCAAAUGGGGUGUGCAUCAACCAGAUUGGCAGUUUCCGCUGUGAAUGCCCAACAGGAUUCAGUUACAAUGACUUGCUCCUGGUCUGUGAAGAUAUUGACGAGUGCAGCAAUGGCGAUAACCUCUGCCAGCGAAAUGCAGACUGCAUCAACAGUCCCGGCAGUUACCGCUGCGAGUGUGCUGCAGGCUUCAAACUCUCACCUAACGGCGCCUGUGUUGAUCGCAACGAAUGUUUAGAAAUUCCUAAUGUUUGCAGUCAUGGCUUGUGUGUUGAUUUGCAAGGAAGUUACCAGUGCAUCUGCCACAAUGGCUUCAAGGCUUCUCAAGACCAGACGAUGUGCAUGGAUGUUGAUGAGUGUGAGCGACAUCCAUGUGGAAAUGGAACCUGUAAAAACACUGUUGGAUCCUAUAACUGUCUCUGCUACCCAGGAUUUGAACUCACUCAUAAUAACGAUUGUCUGGACAUAGAUGAGUGCAGUUCCUUUUUUGGUCAGGUGUGCAGAAAUGGACGGUGUUUUAAUGAAAUUGGCUCCUUCAAGUGUUUAUGUAAUGAAGGCUAUGAACUUACUCCAGAUGGCAAGAACUGUAUAGAUACUAAUGAGUGUGUUGCCCUUCCCGGCUCUUGUUCUCCUGGCACCUGUCAGAAUUUGGAAGGAUCCUUCAGAUGUAUCUGCCCCCCAGGAUAUGAAGUCAAAAGCGAGAACUGCAUCGAUAUAAAUGAAUGUGAUGAAGAUCCCAACAUCUGUCUUUUUGGUUCCUGCACCAAUACUCCCGGGGGCUUCCAGUGCAUCUGCCCGCCUGGCUUCGUGUUGUCUGAUAAUGGACGGCGGUGCUUCGAUACUCGCCAGAGCUUCUGCUUCACGAACUUUGAAAAUGGAAAGUGUUCUGUACCCAAAGCUUUCAACACGACAAAGGCAAAAUGUUGCUGUAGUAAGAUGCCAGGAGAGGGCUGGGGGGACCCCUGUGAGCUGUGCCCCAAAGAUGACGAAGUUGCAUUCCAGGAUUUGUGUCCUUAUGGCCAUGGAACUGUUCCGAGUCUUCAUGAUACCCGUGAAGAUGUCAACGAAUGUCUCGAGAGUCCGGGCAUUUGUUCAAAUGGUCAGUGUAUCAACACAGACGGGUCCUUCCGUUGCGAAUGCCCCAUGGGUUACAACCUGGAUUACACGGGAGUACGCUGUGUGGACACUGAUGAAUGUUCCAUUGGCAAUCCAUGUGGAAAUGGUACAUGCACCAAUGUUAUUGGGAGUUUUGAGUGCAACUGCAAUGAAGGCUUUGAGCCAGGACCCAUGAUGAAUUGUGAAGAUAUCAAUGAGUGUGCCCAGAACCCACUGCUGUGCGCUUUCCGCUGCAUGAACACGUUCGGGUCCUAUGAAUGCACGUGCCCGAUUGGCUACGCCCUCAGGGAAGACCAGAAGAUGUGCAAAGACCUGGAUGAAUGUGCUGAAGGGCUGCAUGACUGUGAAUCCAGAGGCAUGAUGUGUAAGAACCUGAUCGGCACCUUUAUGUGCAUCUGCCCACCGGGGAUGACCCGAAGGCCGGACGGAGAAGGCUGCGUAGAUGAAAAUGAAUGCAGGACCAAGCCAGGAAUCUGUGAAAAUGGGCGUUGCGUCAACACUAUUGGGAGUUAUAGGUGCGAGUGUAAUGAAGGAUUUCAGUCAAGUUCCUCGGGUACUGAAUGCCUUGACAACCGACAGGGACUCUGCUUUGCAGAAGUACUGCAGACAAUGUGUCAGAUGGCGUCCAGUAGCCGAAACCUGGUCACAAAGUCAGAAUGCUGCUGCGAUGGGGGCCGGGGCUGGGGUCACCAGUGUGAGCUUUGCCCACUUCCUGGAACUGCCCAGUACAAAAAGAUAUGUCCUCAUGGCCCAGGGUACACUACUGAUGGACGAGACAUUGACGAAUGUAAGGUUAUGCCAAAUCUCUGCACCAAUGGUCAGUGCAUCAAUACCAUGGGGUCAUUCCGGUGCUUCUGCAAGGUUGGCUACACCACGGACAUCAGCGGCACCUCGUGUGUAGAUCUUGAUGAAUGUUCCCAGUCCCCGAAACCGUGCAAUUUCAUCUGCAAGAACGCCGAGGGGAGUUACCAGUGCUCAUGUCCGCGGGGAUACGUCCUGCAGGAGGACGGGAAGACAUGCAAAGACCUUGAUGAAUGUCACACCAAACAGCACAACUGCCAGUUCCUCUGUGUCAACACUCUGGGAGGUUUUACCUGUAAAUGCCCACCUGGUUUCACACAGCAUCACACUGCUUGUAUUGACAACAAUGAAUGUGGGUCCCAGCCUUCCCUUUGUGGAGCCAAGGGGAUCUGUCAAAACACCCCUGGAAGUUUCAGCUGUGAAUGCCAAAGAGGCUUCUCCCUUGAUGCCACUGGACUCAACUGUGAAGAUGUUGAUGAAUGUGAUGGAAACCAUAGGUGCCAACAUGGCUGCCAGAACAUCCUGGGAGGUUACAGAUGUGGUUGCCCUCAAGGAUAUAUUCAGCAUUACCAGUGGAAUCAGUGUGUCGAUGAGAACGAAUGCUCCAAUCCGAACGCCUGUGGCUCCGCUUCGUGCUACAACACCCUGGGGAGUUACAAGUGCGCCUGCCCCUCAGGCUUCUCCUUCGACCAGUUCUCCAGUGCCUGCCACGACGUGAAUGAGUGCUCGUCCUCCAAGAACCCAUGCAAUUACGGCUGCUCCAACACGGAAGGGGGCUACCUCUGCGGCUGCCCGCCCGGAUACUACAGAGUGGGACAGGGCCACUGCGUCUCAGGAAUGGGAUUUAAUAAAGGGCAGUACCUGCCCCUGGAUGCGGAGGUUGAUGAGGAAAACGCCCUGUCCCCGGAAGCAUGCUACGAGUGUAAAAUCAAUGGCUACUCUAAGAAAGACGGCAGACAGAAGAGAAGUGUCCAUGAACCUGAACCCACUGCUGUUGAACGGAUCAGCAUGGAGAGCGUUGACAUGGACAGCCCCAUGAAAAUGAAGUUCAACCUCUCUGGCCUUGGCUCCAAGGAGCACAUCCUGGAACUCAUACCUGCCAUCGAGCCCCUCAACAACCACAUCCGGUACGUCAUCUCCCAAGGAAACGACGACGGCAUCUUUCGCAUCCACCAAAGGAACGGGCUCAGCUACUUGCACACGGCCAAGAGGAAGCUGGUGCCCGGCACGUACACACUGGAAAUCACUAGCGUCCCUCUCUACAAGAAGAAGGAGCUUAAGAAACUGGAAGACAGCAAUGAGGACGACUACCUCCUAGGGGAGCUCGGGGAGGCUCUCAGAAUGAGGCUGCAGAUUCAACUCUAUUAACCCCUCACAGACUGGGUUUCGGGGGGCCAGCCCCUCCCUGCACGCAGCCUGCCUUCAGAAGCCUUUGAGAAAUCAAUGACUAAUUUUAAAGAGAAAAAAAAGACAACUUUUGUUUCCUUCCCUCCCUGUCUCAGACUUCAGAAUGUUGACCCUCACAGGGAGGGGAUAAUUUAGACUCUGAUGUGGCCAAAGAUUUGAAUACAAAGGCAACCGUGGUUACUGUAUUUUUUAGAUAACUUCACUUUAAAAUAUAUUAAAAAAAAAAAGAAAACUAAAUGUUCAAGAGAUCGGCAUAUGGCACUAAAUGCACAAAAAUAAUGUGAGCUUUUUUAUUUCCUGUUAGCAGUCUGUAACACUUUGGGUAUUUUGCUAUAGUUGCUAAUUAAAAAAAAAUAUAGAUGUUUAUUUAUUUUUAAUGCAGUAAUAUAUGGAGAAAUGAACAAACUAUGUAAACAAAAAGGGAAACUCACUUGUUUUUCUUUAGAUUUAUAAAUUUGAGCUAUUUCUUUUAGAGGUGCUUUUUAAAAAUUCAGUAGAUUCAAGAGAUGUUUCCUUUGGUUUCCUGCCAGUCGUCCAACUGGUACACAUCUGAUUAUUUUAAAGAAUGCCUCACAGAGCUGAAUGGGCAGAGGAACCAAUAAUUUAAAAGACGGAAAUGUCCUUCGAUCCUUUCUGAAGGAGAUCAAAGCCAGAGCAGCUCAUUGUGACGGUAUUUCACAUCAGCAGACACACCAGGCAACGACGAUGAAGCACAACACUGUAGCAAAAUACCUUGACUGCUUGUGAGACCAGUAGCGUUGCAGGCCAAACCGUACUGUAUUUCCUUCUCAGAACCUCAAGGAAGCACAUAUAUACCCACAACACCUCAUUCCUACCAGGGUGUGCUGCGGACUCGUGGUACUGUAGGCAGCUGAAGAACUGCCGUUCCUUGGGCAAGGAACACCUGGCAUUCUGUAGUGUUUGGUGCUGUCUUAGAUUAAUGGUGCAUUUAUUAUGUUCAAGCUAUUUCAGGAUUGCCAUAUGUGCAAACAAA